AUGUCCUUCUUGAGGAACUACUUCGGUACCUCCGCUGUACCAGCGAAGGAUGAGAAGAAGCCUAUCCGUGCUCUUCCCGCUUCCUGGUACACAUCCCAAGAUAUGUACGAGCUUGAACGACGAUCUAUCUUCUCCCGGAAGUGGCUUCUUACUACACACAAGCACCGAGUACCCAACACCGGUGACUGCGUUCGCUACGACGCCGCAGGAUACGAGUUCAUCGUCGCCAAAGACAACAAUGGAAACAUCAACGCUUUCCACGGCAACGAUCUCUUCCCCGCGCAUGUGCACAUUGACCGAAAUGGAUUUGUCUGGGUGAAUCUGGACGCCAGCGAUACACCCGAAGUUGCCUGGAAAGACGACUUCGAGGGUGUCGAUGAGCAACCCCGGUUCGAGCACUACAACUUCGAGGAAUACGUCUUCGACCACACAUGGGAUAUGGAGGGCGACUUCAACUGGAAGAUCUUAGCAGACAACUACAAUGAGUGCUACCACUGCCAAGUCGCUCACCCAGACAUCCCCACCAUCGCCGACCUCAACUCCUACUAUGUCAAGACCAAGGCCGGUCACAUCCAGCACUACGGCGCUCCGCGACCAGACCAAAUCGAGAAGGGAUUCCGGAUAGCAACUACCUAUUUCUGGCCUAAUGCCUCUUUCAAUAUCUCUCCCAAUUUCUUCUUCAUGCAGCGAUUCACACCUACCAGCCCGACGCAAUGUGUAAUGCGCUACGAAGUCUACCGCCACAAGGACGCCACCGACGAGGCCUUCAACCUCAUCAGCGACAUGUACAAACGAAUCAUGUCAGAGGACAAGUACCUGUGCGUGCACUCGCAGAAGAACCUCAACGCCGGUGUCUUUGUCAACGGCCAGCUUCAUCCUGAGAUGGAGAGGGGUCCGCUCCAUUUCCAGAAGACUGUCCGGGAGGUUGUCACAGAACACUAUGCCAAAGAGGAGGCUGCGGGUCAUCAAAUCUGGCCCGCGAAGCACGAUCUUCCCGAGGACGUUUCUGUCAGCCACAAUCAAGAGAAUGUCGCUCUCUACACGGGUGGGCACAGUUACGGUGUCGAGGUAGACACUUUCAAGGACUCCAUGGGUGCCGGUCUCUCUACGGUAACGGCAAUUGCUGUGUAG